GGGAUCGGUGACAGCGGGGCGCCACGGCCGCGGGGCUGCCUCAGGUGCCACCGCACCGGGGGCGCGCAGCGAGGAAAGGAAUUUGAACCCCUGACGCGCCCUCAGUCGAUUAAAUCAGCCCCCGGAGACCCUGACCUUCUGCACACCCCUCACCUGUAGCGGCACAAAGUGCAGGCGGGCCGGCCUUUGCCCCGCGGAGAAGGGCAGGCUCCGGCGCUCUCCGCAGGAGCGGGCAGGGAUGACCUCUAAGGAUGCUUCAGGUGAAGCUAAUAGUAACUGGAGAUGACUUUGGCUAUUGUCCUCGGAGAAACCAAGGCAUCGUGGAGUGUUUCCUGGCCGGUGCGAUAUCUAACGUGUCCCUUCUAGUCAACGGAAGUGCUGCAGCAGAUGCAGCCAAGCUGGCAAGGAGACACAGCAUUCCAAUAGGACUGCAUGCCAACCUCUCCGAGGGCUCUCCUGUAUGUGAGGUGCUUAAGACAAACUCUUCUCUGCUCAAUGAAGAUGGAUUCUUCCACGGGAAAAUGGGAUUCAGAACAGCUCUAUCAAAAGGUCUCCUGAAUAUGUCAGAGGUGAAGCAGGAGCUAAAAGCCCAGGUGGAGCUGUUCCGUGAGCUGACGGGUCACCUACCUCCUCACAUGGACGGGCACCAGCACAUCCACGUCCUCCCAGAGGUCAGGCACGUAUUUGCAGAGGUGUUAGAGGAAUAUGGCAUUAAGUACACACGUGUCCCAAUAGAGCCAGGCCUUCAUAACUGUGACUGGAUUCCACAGUCCCUGAUGGAUUUUUAUCUGGGAGUAGAAGAAGAUUCUUUUAACACAGUCGAUGUGUUUACAAGGCAUGGAAUAAGGUGGCCAGACAUUUACAUAGGUCUGAGCACCAUGGGCAAGAACAUGUCCGUCAGUACCAUCUGGAGCGCCAUCGAUGCCGCCAUGGCGCAGCUCCCCUCCGAGGCACCCACAGCCCUGGCGCCGCGGCGCGGGACCGUAACGAUUGAACUGAUGGUGCACCCGGGGUACCCCAGCGUCCCACCCGUUGGCGGCUGUGGGGAAGGCCCGGAUGAUUUCUCUCAGUCCUGGGAGCGCCUCCAUGAACUCCAGACGUUAAUUAAGCCAGAGCUGCAGAGCCAAUACAAAACCAGGAACAUUCAGCUUUGUUCGUUCAAAGAUCUUUAAGUAAACAAGCGUAUGUACGUGCAGUUACCCUACUCUGAAGACAGGCAGUUGCUACCAUCCUGAGAAAGCAGACCGCUGUUAUCAGUGUGAUACCCCGGUACAGCUGAGAGGGGCCGGAACAGCCUGGGGAUGGCAUCAGGAUGUUCACAGACGAGCAACAGGCUGUGAGCAGCUACAGGCCCCAGAGCCUCGCGUGGCAGUUCUUAGGCCACAGUAUCUGCUCUGAACACGACAAACCUCUUCUGCGUCACCCCUCGCACACCAUUCCAGUGCAGCACGGCAGCCGAGGGCCGGCCUCCUCCCAGGGCUCAGCUCCUGUCAACGCAACACCGAGCAGCACGAAGACACUGCGAGGCUGAGGAGCACAGGGGCACCCUGAGGGUUCUGAUCAUUUCUCUUUUUGGACUUAACUGCAAAAAACCACGCUGGCGAGCAAGUGCUGCUUUGGAGCAACCGCUCGGUGUAGGCUGCCCAUGGGACACCUGGCAACCUUCUGCAUGCGGUUUCCUGAAAGCACGUGGUGGCGGUCCCUUGCCCUGCCCAUGGGUGGCAGGGGCGCAGGGGCCUGUUCCCUGCGGAGCGUCUCUGCUCAGAGCAGUCAGGGCGCGGGUUGAGUGUGGUGGUCUCUGCUGCCAUAUCCCACCCAUCGCUCAGCCAGCGGCAGUCAUGGCUCUUCCUACUGACACUGCCUCUUGGCAUUGAGCCACAACAGCAAAAGGAACAUCAGCCCCAGCCCUUUCAGAGAGGCUUUUCUUUUUUAUUUUUUUGGAUGACUUUGCAAGAACAGCAACUGUUGACCCAUCUGCUAUUUCAGGAACUGCUGUGUAUGAGAGCUCACCAGCAACUGUUCCUGCACUGCCCAGUGCUUCUCACAAAAGAUGCGUGGGAUGGCCAUGUACCAACUCCGUGCAAGUUCCAAGUGCAGAAGGUCCUUGUAUUUGUCCAUUUUUAUUCCUGCCGUCAAAGCAUUCAAACUUCCACAAGCCCUGGUAAAACUAUGAUACGUUUAACUGUGUUCUUAACUGUAGCCCUGUCACAUAUAACUUUCACAUGGGAAAAAAAUAUUUUCGAUUAAUUGUGCUAAUUUUCAGCGCAAAAGCGCUCUGUUUAAUGUAAUCAGUUUUGGUUAAUAAUUUUUUAAAAUAUUAAACAUUUCAAUAUGAUCAUCAUUCUUUUAAGUGAAAAAUAAACUCAGGCCUUUUUCUACUGUAAUGCUUCAGGAGAGUUUUGGUUUUAGUGAGAGCUGGAGAGCAAAGGAACCCACUCACCUGCCUGCUCCUCCGGGGCUACCCGCGGGUGCUGGAAGGGCACCUCUUCCUAUGGUCAAUGGGAACCGUCUGACCUUCCCUCUAAAACUGCUGAGGAAUUGUUUUUUCUGUACAAAUAUGAAAACCAACAUCAAGGGUGCUUUAGAAAACAUUUUUCCAGGUUCCUUCCUAAAUUAUUGUCACAGAAUUAAUUUGAUGUUUCUCAAAGUCUGCACCCAGCAUACUGGGGAAGCGCCGCGCCCCCCGGCCGAGUGAAACAGGAGCAGGCAGGGGUCACCGGCUGCAACAACUCUGUUUCUGAAGCUCGUCCCAGCGGCAUUUGGCGGCAAAGUUCCUGCUGUGUGAUAACAGAGAGUAAAAAACCCCGAGACACUUAGACCUGCCGGAAACGGCUGCAGUUCCAGAGCACAGAGAGACCCGUAAGUGCCAUCUAGUGACCGAUGAUACUUUAUUCUCAUGCAGGGAUAAGCCUGACAGCAACACCGGUUGCUUAAUACCAGACCUCAGCAUUUUACGUAACGUGACCGUAUUUUGAUGGAUACUUUUUACCCUUAUUUUCAACGUUUAAAUUGCUCCAUAUGCUAACUGAUAAAUUUGCUCUGAUCACACCCAUCGGGGCAUUACACACCUGCUGGCAGUUGUUUGCAUUUUCUGCCAGCUGAACACUGGAACCACGACAGCAGUUUUACCUGAGUUCUGUAUUGAAG